UAAAGUCUUUAGUGAGAAGUCCUGGGCUAUCUGUAUGUUCACUUUCUGCAUGUUAUUUUAUUAGAGAUUGAAAUAGGAGUAUGUUUUUUCCUGAAUUACUGAAGUGUUACUGACUUUAAGCCAGCACUGCCUGGCAUCUAUCCAUAGCCGACUUAUGCCCGUCGUAUGGAUCAAGUCUACUGAACUACGAGACGCUGGAAAAUGGAAUACGGAUCAAUGUCUGAACAAGAGAUAAAAGAGCUCAAGCUUGUCUUUGAAGUGCUAGAUAGAAACCGAGAUGGGAAAAUAUCGGUUUCAGAAAUUCAAACCAUGAUGGACGAACUCGGUUACGACGUCAGCGAGGACGACUGUGCAAAAUUUGUUGAAAAAGUUCAUCACUCAGCUGAAGGCAGUAUUAGCGAAAAAGAAUUUCUAGCCUGGAUGGCCAAAUACAGGGAAAAAAGCAGUGAUUCUGUUCUUAUGGAUGCCUUCCAAGCCUUCGACAAAGACAAAAACGGAUACAUUUCAAGGGAUGAACUGAAACAAGGGUUAGAGUUGAUGGGAGAACAUAUAACUGACGAAAUGCUGGACAGUAUGAUCGAAGAGGCAGACGCUGAUCACGACGGCAGAAUUAAUUAUGAAGAAUUUGUCCACGUCAUGAAUUCAUCAUAGUCUACAAGUGUUGUGCAGUGACUAUCAUAUGGGUGAGGAACACUCGAAUGCCCCUUUUUCACUUCGUGGACCUAUGCCACUUGUCACUAAUGUCGUAACAUUACCAGAAGACUCGUUUUAAGCAUCUGGA